AUGGUACGCGGCAACUUCCUCGCGACUUCCGAGGCCCCCAUAUCGCUGACCCCAUGCCCCCAGGUAUUGUUUAAACGCAAGCCGGUGCAAUUCUUGCCCGUGCCCGAAAUUGACGAUGAAAACCAAGAGGUCUGGCAUAUUUCCCAGACCGGCGAGGUCUUUCUCACAUACGAAGAUUACCUAAAUAGGUUGGAUUUCUACGGCCAAAAACGCUUCAUCUGCACCAUUAGCGGCCACUCGGGCCUGACUUUCUUCGACGCGCUAGAGAGCGAGCUCGCGGGCGCCGCCGAAGUGGACCAGGCAUUCCCUGAAGCUCUCAAGGGGCCCAUCCUCCGACGCGUCCAAUUCCAGACGGUAUCCCGCAUCGACACGCUUGUCGACCAAGUGUACGAUGAAUUUAAGAGCGACUACUACCCCGGCGAGGCCGUGACCGUCCACAUCUUGGGCGGCGAGAGGUUACAAGGCGUGGUGAGAGACAAGACACGUUUCGGGGCCAAGGUGUUCCCUGACGGCAAACUCUUACCCCCCUUCUCGCGCUACUUCGUCAGCCUGGAUGAGCGACCGGACGAGGAGGCCGUGGUAGACGAUGCGCACAUCUACCGCGAUCGCAAAGUAUUCACCAAGGCCGUUCUGCGCUCGUUUAUUAAGAAGACGGUGACGAGAGAGGCCUGGAACGGAGCCCCAUGGUUGGUCAAGCAUGACGUGGCCGAGAAGUACCACAUCGAUACCCGGAUCCCACCGCAUCUGCGCUACGACAACAAGCUCCUCGAACGGAAACAGAUGCAGCUCCAGAAGAAGGCCUCUCAGUUCGACCAGCAGAUGGUAUCCCCAGGUCCCGUAAGCCCGACCGGUUUCAGGUUACCUGAGCUCAAGCCUGCGCCCAAGAGCCACAAAUCGAAGGCGCAACAGGCUCUCCAAGCCCGUGAUCAUGCAGUUAAGGGGAAGCAUAGCACAUUUGGAGGCCACGAGCCCGGCUCGUUUGUGCACUUACCACUCCCGGGGAACCCCUUUCAGUUCCCCAUGUCCUUCCGCGGUCAAGGGCCAACACCCGCCCCUAAACCGCGCGAACCCACACCCCCCCCACCACCUCCAAAGUACCCGAUUGAGGAUUUGCAGGUCGAGCCCCGCCGUAUCGUCCGGCCACAGCUCAAGUUCAUGUGCCGCGACACGCCGGUCGACGUCGCGCCCGAAGCGAAGUCGCCGCUCAGCGACAAAAUCCUAAUGAAGUCAAUAGGGCCGCUCCUCGAGACGUGGGACACGUUGAAUGUCUACUGUGAGAUUUUCAAGCUCGACUCGUUUACCUUCGACGACUUUGUCGAAACUAUGUUGGUCGCCUCGACGGAGACGCCAGUGCAACUGUUCGACGAGAUCCACUGCGCAGUGCUUAAAAUUCUAGUCACUUCCGAGGCCGAAGGCGGGAAGGUCCAGAUUCAACUGCCGGAGCUAGAAGAGGAGGAAGAGGAGGAUGAAGACGAGGAACAGGAAGAGAGCACCGCGCCCACACCCGAACCAGAGCCUCAGCCUUCAGGUCGCGCGACUAGGAGAAGCUUGGCGAAGGCGGAGGCAGACAGGCUCGCGGCAGAGGCGGCGGCUGCAGAGAAAGAGAUGCAGGAAGCCGAAAACGCGCCCAAGCACUUGGCCGAGGAGUUGGUUCGGGACUACGACUGGAUCGAGCACCUGACGAAACGCGAUUUCAAGGAGGGCGGUUGGGAAAUGAUCAUGGUUGGGCUACUGCACCAACUUUCCCAGAGCGAGCGGCUCAACGCAAGCUGCGAGGAGCUUCUGGAGCAACUAGUCCCCACCGACAUCGAGCCCAGCCAGGAGACGGUGCGCGAAAGAUAUUCGACUCUCGACGUGAACUAUCGCGUUCAGGCGCUGCAGAUCAUCUGCAUGCUCACAUCCGAGACAAGGGCCAUCCGCGGUUACAUGGAGGACUGCAGCGAAACAAUGACGGCGUACAGGAAGGAGAAGAUAGAGUGGCAACGAAAGAGGAAACAAUUGAUUGAGGAUCUCAAGGGCCUCAACGACCAACGCAAGAUUCUCCUGCCUGACAACCUGCCUCCGAGUCCGCCACUGGAACCGGUCAAGACCAACGGGGACGUCAAAAUGUCGGAUGUCGAGGAUCUACCCGCCAACACCUCGGAUGAGGUUCCGGACUCGGACGACGAGGGCCCGGCCAGGAAAUUACGUCGCGCCAAUGACCGCGCGGCGGAGCGCAAGCGCAAAGCCGAGAAGGAGCAGGAACGUAAAGAGAAGGCCGAGGCAGCCGCCAAGGUACCGAAGCAGUCGAAGCAGUUCCAACGGGUGCUUAAAGACAUCCAAAAGAAGGAAGACGAGAUUGCCGAGUGCGAGCGCGAGAUCGCCGUUAUCGACAACGACCUGCGCGAAGCCGACUGCCCGCGCACUCGUGUGCUAGGCAAGGACCGCUUCUGGAACCGGUACUACUGGUUCGAGCGCAACGGCAUGCCGUACGGGGGACUUCCAGACAGCUCCACAGCGUCGGCGGGCUACGCCAACGGGUGCGUCUGGGUGCAGGGCCCGGACGAGCUGGAGCGCGAGGGCUACAUCGACAUGCUCCCCGAGUACCAGGACGAGUACAAGGCCAAGUUCGACAUGACGGUGCCGGAGCGCAAGAAGCUCGAGGAGGGCGCUACCAGUGUGUUCAACGCCUGUCAGUGGGGGUACUACUCCAACCCAGAGGACAUAGAUGCGCUCCUCGGCUGGCUCGACCCGCGCGGCUUCAACGAACUGAAGCUGCGCAAGGAGCUGGUGAACUACCGCGACAAGAUCGCGAAGAACAUGGAGAACCGCAAGGCAUAUCUCGGCAAGGCAGAGGAAACGAAAGAAAAGGAAAAAGAGGACGACAAGGAAAAGACCUCUAACGAAGAAGCCGACGACGGCGAAUCCACGCCCGCGCCCGCCAGUGCCACGGCCACCACUGGCAAAAACAAGCGCAUGAGCACCCGCGGCCGUGGCGUCACCACCAUCUCGGCACCCCGCCUACCGUCCGUAGAGCCGGAGCAGGAACCCACGCCAGCGGCCACCCCGACGACGUACCGCUGCAUGGACUGGGAAAAUACCAUGGCGCUCGAAGAGAUCGGGCAUCUGCACAGCAUGGAACCGCCGCCGGCCAGGUCGCGCAAGAUGACGAAAAAGAAGGAGGCCGCCAUCGCUGCCACGGCGAAGGGUACCGCUACGGCUUCGGCGGACGCUGAGGUUAUGGUUACGAGGGGGAAGAGGAAGCGGUAG